CGCGCUGUUCUUCCCUUCAGUUGCCUCCAAAACCCCCUUUUGAAAACCUUCCUUUUUCUUCCCAUUCCAAUCCGCUCCGGCCUCCUCCUCCUCCUCUUCACUGCAUUAAUUGCGUUUAUCCCUAGUGCAUCUCCCUUCCAUCGCCACCCGUCGCCGAGCUUCGCAUUGUGGUUGUCGUCGCAUCCCCCCUACAAAUUAUGAAGCAUAUCUUCUCUUUCGUCCCUCGCUUUUCCUCUUUUUCUCGCUUCCCCAACGGAAAUUCCUGCUUUUUUCGUCCUUUCCCAAACUUGUGCUCUGCGCUCGCGGGCACUUGGCCUCGGGAGGGCCGCUGCUGCUCCUGGUGUGCUAUCGACCACCCUAUGCGUGCUCUGGUGAUCGGAAUUCGAAGUUUGAGAUGGAGAAGCAAGAGGGAGGCCGUGAAGACUGUCCUGUGGAGGUCGGUGUUCGGGAAAAAAGGAGAAAGAAUCCGCUUCAGAGGCUCAUCCUCGAGGAGGCUUAUCAAGUGAUGCCGCAACCAUCUUCACAUAUGAAGAGGGAGCUAGCAAAUAUUACGGGGCUGGAAUACAUGCAAGUUCAGUAUUGGUUUGGGAACCGAAGAGCCGUUGCCAAGCAUGGCCCUAGGAAGAAAACGAAGAAAGAUCAAGAUGAUCUGGUAGCUGGGCAAUCUUCUCAAGCGAAGGAGUCCAAUCCUGGCUCGAACAUGCCACUUGUUACAAUAGCUAUACCUGGGCAAUCUUCUCAAUCGAAGGAGUCCAAUCCUGGCUCAAACAUGCCACUUGUUACAAUAGCUUUUCAUGGGCCAUCUUCGACUGGUUUGGUAGAUCCGGAAGAGCAUGGAGUUGCAUUGACCCUGCCAUUGCCAAUUCCUACAGCACAAUCGGAGACCAUACCUUAUGUUGGAGGUAAUGAAUCGGCAAGCAACUUUGCAUAUGCAAGACCAUGUGAGACACAAACAGGAGAGGAGCCGGCCUUGGCAUUGCAUCUAUCAAUGAAACAAUUAGAUACCAUGCCUUCUGUCAGAGGGAAUGAACUUCCAAAAACCUUUGAGAAUUCAGGACCAGAUUCCAUGCAGCCUGAUGUGGUGCCGGCCUUGGUAUUGCCCACUUGGGUGAAACAAUCAGAUUCAUUACCAAUUCCCCUUUCCUUGAAACAAUCGGGAAGCAAGCCUUCUGUUAGAGGUAAUGAAUUUUCUAAAGAUUUUGCUUAUGCAGGACCAUAUGCCAUGCAACCUGGAGAGGAGCCAACCCUGCCAUUGCCUUUGUCAAUUAAACGACCAGAUAACAUGCCUUCUGUCAUACAAAAUGAGCUUCCAAAAACCUUUGCAAGUACUAGACUGUGUUCCAUGCAGCCCGGUACGGUGCUGGCCUUGCCAUCACCUAAUUUGAUGAAAAAAUCAAAUCCAUCACCUUCAGGGAUGAAACGAUCAGAUCCAGUGCCAGUGUCAUUUUCGAUGAAACAAUCAGAGACCAUGCCAUUUGUUAGAGGUAACGAAUUGCCAGAAAACUCUUUAUAUGCUGGACCAUAUUCCAUUAAACCUGGGGAGGAGCCACUUCUUGCAUUGCCACUCUCAAUGAAACAACCAGAUAACAUGCUGCCGCAAUACUUUGCAAGUAAGGAACCAUAUUCCAUGCAGCCCAGUCUGGUGCCGACGUUGGCAACUUCAACUUGGAUGAAACAAUCAUAUCUAUCACCUCCAGGGGUGAAACAAUCAGAACCAUUGCCAGUUCCUGAAGAGCUACAACCUAUUUUAAUGCAUGUUGAGACUAAUCAUGGGCGUCCUCUAAGAGACAAUAGACCAACUGAGCGUAGUCCUUUGCCUCCUCCAGCUACUGGGACCUCUUUAGAACAAGAAUUUGCUUCACGAUCUUCUAAUGGGCAACAAACUGAGAGAGAAAAGUUGGACUUGGCCAAGGCGGAACUUUUCUUGUCUUGUUUGAAACGUAAAAUGGCAGAUUCAGGAAAUAAAAUGAAUUUUACAGUUCAAGAUGCUCAAAUGUUCGAAGCUAAGGCUCCAAAUUAUGCGGAAAAAUACCAAUAUUUUCCAGUCCAACAAAGCCCGUUGCAAGAGUACAAAAAUGCCAGCCCAACUAAUUUUUCUGGCUCUAUACACAAGGUAUUAAAAGAUACAACUCCAAGUGUUGUGGAUGAAUGGAAGUUCUCCCCAACUGAACUACGCCUGCUGCAGAAAUUCAAAAAUAUCAUGACAACUACUUUUCCUUGCUCUUCCAGCAAGAUGUUAAAUCAUGGUCAUCUUUCAAAUAUAGAUCCAUAUGCUGCCUCGUUCUCAAAUGUACAUCCAUAUGCUGCAUCCUCUUCAAAUUCACAUCCGUAUGCUGCAUUGUCGCCAAAUGAACAUCUUUAUCCUGCAUCAUCCCUAAAUGCACAUACAUCGUCUGGACAAAGUGGAUUCAAGGUCCCAGCUCUGUUAGCAGAAAGCAGCAAGACCUCAAAGCUUGCUGUUACUGAUGAUUCCCGUUGUCUUUCUCCUAAAUUGGGCAAUUCAUUUUCCCCAUCUGACAAAACAAUUCUUGAUUCUGGCUUCCCUGAUAAAGCAAAUAGCACACAGGUGCAUACUCCUUCUGGAUUGCUUAUUGUCAAUCGGCCUCGAAAUAUCAAUAAUGUAAAUACCUACACCGCAGCAUUCUUGGAGGAAGCAAACAACAAGAGCAGUCACCAAACACUGAAAAACCCAAGAGAAGAAAUAAACAAGCCAAGACACAGUUAUGGCAAAUAUAUUGUUAGAUCCCGAAAGACACCUGAUAAUACAUCGCAACGGAUGAGGUAUUUCAGUGAGGUUGAUACGAGUUACAAAACACUUGUUGCUAAGUGGGAUCCGAAAGAAAAACGAGCUGUUUGCAUUCAAGUUGACUCAGAUGAUUCCCAAUCUUUGUCAAGAGAAACUGGCUCAGAGAAUGAGACCCCUAGUAUUGCUAAUGCUUGCAUAGAUGAUCCCAUGGAAGAUACUGACACUGAUGAAGCAACUCAAAGUGUGAGAAACUCUCCUGAAAGUGUUGGAAAUUUCGCGGAUGGCAGAGAAAUAAUCAACAUUGAUUCAGACUAAGAUCAUUCAGGUGACGACCAUAGAAUCAUGAUAUGAAAGAUGAAUCUUGGAGAUUCAUCUAAGAACACUUGUCCCUUUUCAUACAACUGACUCUUACUUUUAUUCUCCAAACUUGUGUAUUGCACCUUAUAUUUGCUACAUGCAAAAACCAGGGAAUGCUUAAUAAUUUGGUGGGCAAUUUCACCUGAUACUUGCUCCAUGCAAAAACAGUGAAUUCUUAAGGAUUUUGUUGGACAACAUAUGAUUUUUUUUUUU